AGUACGAUCAUUUACACGAACCUUCGUCUCGAUCAUACACAUAAAUUGUUCAAACGAUCCAGCAGUCCGCCAUUCAGCCAGUCACUCAAUCAUCAAACAAAUAAACGAGCUAAAUGUCCUCCAACAAACCUGUUAUGACGUUGGCUUUUGAGCCACCUCUGCCGACAACUUCAAAUGAGUUGAUUGUUGCUUUUCCCGCGGAACACGUUAUGCAACUAACGCUCAAUCGUCCAGCUGCACGGAAUGCAAUGUCGACGACACUUGAGGAGGACAUUGGACGAACUCUUGCUUGGUUUGAUGCCCAGCCCAGUCUUUGGGUUGCGAUUAUUACAGGCAACGGCCGUGUCUUUUGUGCAGGUGUCGACCUAAAGGCUUGGGAGAAGGAGACGUCCGAUUCCGAUGUAAAAACGAAUCGACACAGCCCUGAAGGGAUCGUAGCUUUGACUCAUGGAUUCGGAGGCCUUUUGCGUCGCACGGCCUCAUGCAAGCCUCUCAUCGCCGCGGUAGUCGGCGGCGCUUUCGGCGGUGGGGUAGAGAUGCUUUUGAAUUGCGACCUCGUGAUCGCAGCGGACGAUGCUACCUUUGGACUGCCAGAGGUCAAGGUUGGCGUAGUCCCUGCUGCUGGGGGCAUUCCGCGGCUCGUUGCUACAGCUGGUCGUCGGCUUGCCUCCGAGAUGAUGUUAUUCGGCCGGACGGUCACGGUUCAGGAAGCAUAUUCCCGUUUCGGCAUUACCAAGCGCGGAAUAAUCCUCGCUUGGCAGCACGGUGAUGUCGAUGAAGCUAUGGUCAAACACGCGCUCUCCGCUGAGAGUGUGCGUCAUUAUGCUGGAGAGAACAUAAAGGAAGGCCUUAAAGCGUUCGUCGAGAAAUGCAAGCCUAAGUGGUCCAAUCCCGCAAAGCUAUAAUCAACUCAGCCCUUUACACAAGUGAAGUGUGUACGGCCUACCCAUUGAACCCUUUGAAUACACCCGGAUGUGCAGUACAAACCCUCAUCGAGAUAGCGAUAUGAUGUGAUAUGAUGUGACAGCCACAAAGCAUGACAUCUGCGUAUCUUCCUCACU